AUGGAAAACCAGGGUCACACUAAAGCCUACACUGCUGCCCAACUAGGCCCAAUAACAACAGAUGCCAGAAGCCCAAUUCAAUGUGAUCACAAUGGGCUACUUUUGCUCUUGGUUUUGGAGAAGAAGUUGGGGAUUCAGAAACUUUCGAAUGAGGAAGUUAAAGAUUUGGCUCAACCUCAAUGUAUAGUUGAUGAUAAUGACAAUGAUAUGAUAGAUGAACCUAGUGAAGAGUCAGAAGCAGAGGAGGAUUGGUUGGAUUCUGUUUGUGCGCUUUGUGACAAUGGUGGUAAACUUUUGUGUUGCGAUGGAGCGUGCAUGAGGUCAUUUCAUGCUACUGAGGAGGAUGGUAGAGACUCUAAUUGUGAUUCUCUUGGUUUUACCCGAAAGGAAGUCAAUUUGAUCCAGAGCUUUUAUUGUAAGAAUUGUAAAUAUAAUCAGCACCAAUGUUUUGCAUGUGGCAAGCUGGGAUCUUCUGAUAAAGUUAAGGGUGCUGAGGUCACUAAAUGUUCUUCUGCAACCUGUGGCCGUUUUUAUCAUCCACGUUGUGUUGCGAAGUUACUUCCCAUGGUAGUUAAGUUUAAGCAUGUUGGAGAGGAACUUGAGAAAAAUAUCGCGGAUGGUCAUCCUUUUAUUUGUCCCGUUCAUUAUUGUUGUGUCUGUAAAGAAUUGGAAAAUAAGAUGGAACCUGAGUUGCAACUGGCUGUUUGUAGGCGUUGUCCAAAGUCCUAUCAUCGCAAAUGUUUGCCAAGACAGAUCUCUUUUGAUGAUGAAGAUAAUUUACCAAGGGCUUGGGAAGGUCUUCUAUCAAACAAUCGCAUUCUUAUAUAUUGUUUAAAUCAUGAGAUUGAUGAUGAACUUGGGACUCCCAAAAGAGAUCAUUUAAAAUUCCCCAAUGUUAAAGGCACUUAUCCAGAAAUUAAUGCUGCUGAUGAGAGGACAAAACCUGCGGACAAAGGGAGAGUUAUAUUGAAGAAGAACAAUGUUGGCAAAGAUAAGGGACCUAAUUUGAUUGGAAGACUGUCAUCUGGGGAACUUAGUAAGAAGAAAAAACCAAAGUCAAAUGAAAUGAAUAAGGGUUAUGAGCGAAUCAAGCCUGUCAAUCAGGUUGAUAAUGAGACCCCGUUGGUUGAGCCUAUUAGAAAGUUGAGUUGUUCACUGCCUUUAUCAGAUGCUGAUUCAGAGAAGAGUUUGUUGGCCUUGUUUAAAGAAGCUAGAUCAUCAGUUACGUUGGAGAGUGUAAAGCGCAAGCUUGCUUUUACUCAUACUCACGCAUUCAGAAAUGUUCUGGAGGAGACAAUUACAAAGGGGAAGCUGGAAGGAUCAGUCGAUGCUGCUCAAACAGCUCUAAGGAAGCUAGAGAGUGAGUGCAGCAUUCAGGAUGUAGAAGCUGUUUGUGACCCUGAUGUUCUGAAACAGAUAUUUAUGUGCAAGAUUAUUGAUAAACUACAUUGGUAUGUUCAGAAUGGUGAUACAAUUGUGGACUUUUGUUGUGGUGCUAAUGAUUUUAGCAUCCUUAUGAAGAAAAAGCUUGAGGAGACCGGAAAGAAAUGCUCAUACAGAAACUAUGAUUUACUUCCAACAAAG